AUGCUGGGCGGCUGGCAGACAAUGGCGUGUCCAUUACUCCUCGGCCCGGCUCGUGUGUGCACCUCAUGGGCCCGGUCCCCAGCAUCGGGGGGUGCCGUUCGAGACCGGCUUCGCGACUACUCCACAAUCGUCUGUCGACCCUCCCGACGCCGACAUGACGCCUCCUCGGCCCUCGGACCUCCACACAUGCAUUCUACACAGGUCGACCGGCGCCGGCUGGUCGGGCGGCAUGUAGGCUGA